AUGUCGAUGUUAAGUCAAGGAUGUGAGCGACCAGCUAAGAGUAGUAAAUUACGCUUGUAUGGGACAAGAUUUGAUGCUUACUGUGUCGGAUUUCGCCUAAUGCUUAUGGCUAAGGGAGUUGAUUUCGAAUUUGCUUUGCUUGAUAUGAUUAACAAGCCAGAUUGGUUCAAAGAGGUCAACCCAACUGGUAGAGUACCUACUGUGGAAUUUGGAGACGAAACGGUCGGAGAGACCUUGAAAAAAGCUAAAGAUGCUGAAUUAAUGUCGCGUUUCGCUGAGCAUUUUGCACCUCACAUCUAUGGAAUGGUUAGAGCCCCGAAGGACCAUAUAGAUGCUGUCAAGUCCGGAUUAGAGAAAGUGAAUAAAGUUUUACCUCAUCGAGCAACUGAUUACUUUGGUGGUUCCUCUCCCAAUUUAGUUGAUUUUUAUGUAUGGGGUUGGGUAGGAUUGCUACCACCUUUACAUAGAGUUCAUAAACUAAAAGCAACUACUCGGAGGGUCAUCAUAACCAUUACUUGGCUUGGUUGUCUCGCAUGA